CUACGCCAAAAUUGAAUCUUGAAGCAACGAAAAGAAUAGAAUAGGGCGAGAGGGUGGAGAGUGGAGACUGGAGACUGGAGAGGAUCCCAUCAGGAAACCUAAUUCAUUUGAUUUCAUUUAAGAGGGUUUAAUUUAUUUUAUAUUUUAUGCUAUUGCUGCUCUUUGCUUGGUGCUGGCUGCUAUCUGCUAUCUGCUGUAUGUGUAUGCCACCAUUAGUAUUUAAGCCCUCGUCCUCGUCCUUUCCACCCCCCAACACUAACGUGAAAGUGACUCUCUCUCUCCCCUUUGCUUUGCAAUUUGCAUAACCCAAAACGAUACUACAAUGGGAGAGCCGAAACCCAAAUCAACUGGAGUUUGGCCUACCGUCAAGCCCUUCGUUAAUGGCGGUGCCUCUGGUAUGCUUGCCACCUGUGUUAUUCAGCCUAUCGACAUGAUCAAGGUGAGAAUACAACUGGGCCAGGGUUCAGCUGCCGAGGUGACCAAGAACAUGCUUAAAAAUGAGGGUUUUGGUGCUUUUUACAAGGGUUUGUCUGCUGGGCUUCUUAGACAAGCUACAUAUACAACUGCUCGGCUUGGAUCAUUUAAGAUUUUGACGAACAAAGCAGUAGAGGCCAAUGAUGGGAAACCAUUGCCACUUUAUCAGAAGGCUCUGUGUGGAUUGACUGCAGGAGCAAUUGGAGCAUCUGUAGGCAGUCCUGCCGAUUUGGCUCUAAUUCGUAUGCAGGCUGAUGCCACAUUGCCUGCUGCCCAGAGGCGGAACUACACUAAUGCAUUUCAUGCCCUAUCCCGAAUUGUUGCUGAUGAAGGAGUUCUAGCACUCUGGAAAGGUGCUGGCCCAACCGUGGUGAGGGCUAUGGCACUUAACAUGGGUAUGCUUGCUUCUUAUGACCAAAGUGUGGAGUUCUUCAAGGACUCACUUGGUUUUGGCGAGGCUUCCACAGUGCUGGGGGCCAGUACUGUAUCAGGUUUUUUUGCUGCAGCCUGCAGUUUGCCAUUUGAUUAUGUGAAAACCCAAAUACAAAAAAUGCAGCCCGAUGCUCAGGGGAAAUAUCCAUACAGUGGUUCUCUAGAUUGUGCUAUGAAAACGCUCAAGGCUGGUGGACCCUUCAAGUUCUAUACUGGAUUUCCAGUAUAUUGCGUUAGAAUUGCCCCUCAUGUCAUGAUGACCUGGAUAUUCCUGAACCAGAUCCAGAAAUUGGAGAAGUCUGUGGGAUUGUAAUUCUAAGUCUAAGUGGAGACCGGACAGCUUCCAAUCAAAAGAAUGAUUUCGCAUGUCAAUUUUUGUGUUUUUGGUUAUUCACACCCUUGAAGUUGAGGGUAAUUUUACAGCAAUCAACAUUACAUUUUGUAUUGAAAUUGACAUAUUAGGAUAGAAGUCUCUCAAGUUACUUUAUGGACGAUUGCCCAUUUUGAAAUCCAGGAAAAUUGUUUUAGGGAAACAAUAAAUGUAGUGUGAACUGCUGAUCUGAGAAGGGUCGGAACAUGAUCCGCACUGGAAUUUACAGCUUUCUUGAGCUGAUUUUGGUUGCCUUA